AUGGUGAUCGAUGGUUGCUUCAUCAUCGGCCUCCUUUGCAAGGUGGCUCAGGUGAUAUUCAUCGACCGUGAUGAUCCCAUUUUCACUAUGGUUUGGCUGUGGAGCAAGCUUCAGAAAGACUUGCUGGUGCUUGAAAACCAAAUCCCAUUCCACGUCCUCCAAUGCCUAUUUGAUCUGAUGACUGUCCCAGGCGAUCAUGAUUGCCCCUCCCUCGCCCACCUAAUCUUUAAUUUCUUCCACGGACAUUCACUCAAGAGCGAAACAGCUACAAAAGAGGACCCCAAGAUCAAACCCAGGCUUUUACUCCAUCUCUUCCACUCCAGCGGAGGCACAUUGAAAAUACCUAUGUUCGUGAUCCAUGGGACCACUUUCUCUUUCUUCCUCAAUCUGAUCGCGUUUGAACAAUGCUACAACGAUUGCACUAAACACUUCACCGCCUACGCCGCCUUCAUGAGUUGCCUGAUCAACUCCACCAAAGACGUCACCAUCCUCUGCAAGAGAAGGAUUAUCCAGGAUUUGCUGGGUAACAGCGACGGGGAUGUGGCCCACGAGUUCAAGAUGCUGGGUAGGGAUGUGGCUAUUUCCAACGACGGGUCCUAUUUCUCAGACAUAAUUUUGGACGUUAGUCUUUAUCAGAGGACCAAAUGGGAUGGAUGUAAGGAAGCUUGA